GGUAAAACUACACUUACCAGACGGCAACAAAAUCGAGGUUUCAGAUGAUUGGCUGAAGCUGCCCACUCCCCCACGAAUAUGGCUGCAGUGACUCUGAAGACGUUAUGCGAUCCUCUGACAUCACUAUUGGAUGCGAAGUCUCUUCCUUUGAUACUUUUAAGAGGAUAAACAUCGAUUUCCACAGCUACAUUUAAUUUAUGCGAUGGCUUUUCAUGCCAGCAAGUGCUGCCGCAUUGUACUGUGCAACCAUUACGUUGUCAAGGCCCUGUCAACGCAGCACAUGAAACUAUUUGCGCCAAGCUCAACAGCCAAAAUGCUGCGGUUCUAUUCCAGUGAUACGCAAGAGGAAAAUGAACUUCAACUCGUAACUCUUGCACACUCAAUUGCAGCUGUCGCCGUAACGAUACAGGGGGUGGCUGUCCCAGGGGGCCGGAGGCGAAGGAUAAACCAGGACGUUCUACCCUUCUCUGCCUUCCUGACAGGCGACUUUUGUCGAAGGCACACCUACCUGCGCGUCUCCAUGAUGGAGGAAUGCAACCUUUGCUGCACCACAGCCAAAAGGCCUCUGUCCCUGCCCAAGACCAGAAUCUUCCAGGGGUCCUCUCCCCCCCUCUCCUAUGUCCCCCAUCCUAGAGUCCUCACCUCAGCUAUGACCCUCCAACAGUACCACUCCAUAAGCGGGGGUGGCCAACCCAGUAAGGAUGUAUCAUGCCUUUCAGGCUACACCGUUUCAACAGUGCAGCCUGGUGUCAGCUGCUCGGGAACCCACCAGUGUGGAAGAAUCCCUCAGUGGUCCCAUAUUGUCAAAAGAAGCCGUUACGGGGGUGACAGUGCCUCUAGUGUAGCCCCCCGCAGCAAAUAUGGGAACGGUGACUUACUGGCAACCCCCAGUUAUCAAACCAAAGCUUCUGGUUCUGACACACACACAAAUGUAUUGAGUCACAAUGACACAGACUGCCUCAAGUACACAGUUACCAGGGGUCCAAACUUAAUAAAGAAUUCCUCUACAAGGACCUCUGGGAUUCCUUCCCUUUGCACACUACUGAGAAACGCCAAAACAGGGCCCCUCGUAGGUCAGCAUAGCAUAAGGCUGUGCCACAGACAAACCUCCAGAGAUGUCCCCCAAGCCAAACUCAAACAACCCACACAGGAACACUUGGAAGCGGAUGCAAAUUCCUCUCACUACCUUAAGCCAGACAACCCCACUACCGCCCAACUGACACACACUGACGCCCAAGGCCGGGCCUCCAUGGUGGAUGUGGGCAGCAAGUCUCCCACACGGCGAAGCGCCACAGCCACAGCUACCGUUCAUCUGGGCCCCACCACUUUCGGCCUGCUCCGUGACAACCAGUUAGCUAAGGGCGACGCACUAGCCGUAGCGCAACUAGCGGGAAUCAUGGCUGCCAAGCAGACUAGCGCCCUCAUCCCGCUCUGCCACCCGCUGCCCUUAGACCACAUCUCCGUCACCUUCAACCUCGAUGCCAGCCGACUCGCAGCCGUUGUCACUGCGACUGCCCACACCACAGGCCGCACCGGUGUGGAGAUGGAGGCCCUGACGGCAGUCACGGUGGCGGCGUUGACGCUUUAUGACAUGUGCAAGGCGGUGAGUCAUGACAUCACCGUUACGGACGUCAAACUGGUCAGUAAGACAGGCGGGAAGAGGGACUUCCACCGUGAACCCUGACUUCUAACCCCUGCCCAAAACCUGAUUUCCACACAGCACCAGGUUUGGGAGUCAAUACUUUAUUCAGAUAAGUUUAACUCCGGAGACUUCCUGAAUUGAAAUUGGAAUCUCCUUUCCGACCCCCUAAUCUCUGAUCACAGAGGAUCAAGAAAUGCCUCACUGUAAGUCCUCGACUGAUUUUAAGUUUCCAUAACCUAUGUGAAUCAAAUCAGCGUGACGAUGGCACUGUUUGCCUGGUAGGCCGUGCCACGACUUGCUGAUAGUAUUGGUCCUUCCAUUGUACCAGAUAACAGGGCAUGGGUACGAUCAGAAAUGCUUACUCUGGCUAUCUGUACUGUACAUUUUGUUAAAUAUCAGUCGCACACUCCCUUAACAUAUUCAAUGUAGGAAAUGUAAAAUUUCAGUUUUGCUUUUGCUUUAUUUUAUAGUCUGUUUUUUGAAAUCUGGGGCAUCAUUUAUGAAAUGUUCUUACACACAGAUUUAGAUUGUGAAUUGUUUGUACGUUGAAAUCCAUGACACCAUUGAUUCAUAAACCUUAAACUUGAUGUGAAAAAAUGAUUUAAUUUGAUUUUUUUUAUUAAAGGGUGAUUUAUUAAUGAAACAUGCUUGUGUGAUUCCGA